AUUCGGCACCCGAGUCGCUUCGCGUUCCCAGAAUGCACCGCCAGUCCGCGGGAAACCAAAAUGGCGAAGGGUUGUAGCGAAGUGGGCUGUGUUUGAGGCCGGUGUAAGGACGCUCACUCUGCCCCCCAACUCUCGUCCCCAGGACCUCGGUUUGUGCGCGUGUAUGUGCGGGGUGCCCGGUGGGGCGGGUGCCCAGUAAGUGCUCGGACUCGCAGGGGAAGCGCCCACGGGGUCGUGAUUGGUUGUUUUUUCCUGUAUGAAGCGGUUGGCACCACUGAAGUGACCGAAUGAGAGACUCUACAGGGGCAGGUAAUUCACUGGUCCACAAGCGGUCUCCUUUACGUCGAAACCAAAAGACCCCAACAUCCUUGACCAAGCUGUCUUUACAGGAUGGACAUAAAGUCAAAAAGCCAGCAUGUAAAUUUGAAGAGGGUCAGGAUGUCCUAGCUAGAUGGUCAGAUGGCUUGUUUUAUCUUGGAACUAUCAAAAAGAUAAACAUAUUGAAGCAGAGCUGCUUCAUCAUAUUUGAAGACAGUUCUAAAUCCUGGGUUCUCUGGAAGGACAUUCAAACAGGAGCCACUGGAAGUGGGGAGAUGGUCUGUACAAUAUGUCAAGAAGAGUAUUCAGAAGCUCCCAAUGAAAUGGUUAUAUGUGAUAAGUGUGGCCAAGGAUAUCAUCAGUUGUGUCACACACCUCAUAUUGAUUCCAGUGUGAUUGAUUCAGAUGAAAAAUGGCUCUGUCGACAGUGUGUUUUUGCAACAACAACAAAGAGGGGUGGUGCGCUUAAGAAAGGACCAAAUGCCAAAGCAUUGCAAGUCAUGAAGCAGACAUUACCCUAUAGUGUGGCAGACCUUGAAUGGGAUGCAGGUCAUAAAACCAAUGUCCAGCAAUGUUACUGCUAUUGUGGAGGCCCUGGAGACUGGUAUUUAAAGAUGCUGCAGUGCUGCAAAUGUAAACAGUGGUUUCAUGAAGCUUGUGUGCAAUGCCUUCAAAAGCCAAUGCUAUUUGGAGACAGGUUUUAUACGUUUAUUUGCUCUGUCUGCAGUUCUGGACCAGAAUACCUCAAACGUCUACCAUUACAAUGGGUAGAUAUAGCACACCUAUGCCUUUACAACCUAAGUGUUAUUCACAAGAAGAAAUACUUUGAUUCUGAACUUGAGCUUAUGACAUACAUUAAUGAAAAUUGGGAUAGAUUGCACCCUGGAGAGCUGGCAGACACACCAAAAUCUGAAAGAUAUGAGCAUGUUCUGGAGGCAUUAAAUGAUUACAAGACCAUGUUUAUGUCUGGGAAAGAAAUAAAGAAGAAGAAGCAUUUGUUUGGGUUGCGAAUUCGUGUUCCUCCUGUGCCACCAAAUGUGGCUUUCAAAGCAGAGAAAGAACCUGAAGGAACUUCCCAUGAAUUUAAAAUUAAAGGCAGAAAGGCAUCCAAACCUAUAUCUGAUUCAAGGGAAGUAAGCAAUGGCAUAGAAAAAAAAGGAAAGAAAAAAUCUGUAGGUCGUCCACCUGGCCCAUAUACAAGAAAAAUGAUUCAGAAAACUGCUGAGCCACCUUUGGAUAAGGAAUCAAUUUCAGAGAAUCCUACUUUGGAAUUACCUUGUUCUAUAGGGAGAACUGAGGGAACUGCACAUUCAUCCAAUACCUCAGAUGUGGAUUUCACGGGUGCUUCCAGUGCAAAAGAAACUACCUCGUCUAGUAUUUCCAGGCAUUAUGGAUUAUCUGACUCCAGAAAAAGAACUCGUACAGGAAGAUCUUGGCCUGCUGCAAUACCACAUUUACGGAGGAGAAGGGGUCGUCUUCCAAGAAGAGCACUCCAGACUCAGAACUCAGAAAUUGUAAAAGAUGAUGAAGGCAAAGAAGAUUACCAAUUUGAUGAACUCAACACAGAGAUUUUGAAUAACUUAGCAGAUCAGGAGUUACAACUCAAUCAUCUAAAAAACUCCAUUACCAGUUAUUUUGGUGCUGCAGGUAGAAUAGCAUGUGGUGAAAAAUACCGAGUAUUGGCUCGUCGGGUGACACUUGAUGGAAAGGUGCAGUAUCUUGUGGAAUGGGAAGGGGCAACUGCAUCCUGACUGUAGGACUGAACAUUAUGUUCACUGCACUCUCAUUUUCUGUAGGUACAGUUCAAAGCCGUAAAGGAGUCUGGCUUUUACUUUCUUAAAAAAAAAAAAAAGGUAAAAAAAAUCACAUAAGGAGAUAAUACUAGCCUUAACAUGUACUUGUCAAUGUUAUGGAUAUUGUCAUAAAAAGAUAUCUUUUAAAAAUCAGAACAGAGACUUAAUUUUUUAAAUCUUAAGAUUUGUAGAAUGUUUCUAGGAUAGGAUAUUAAAAAUGAUUCAAAUCCA